ACACGAGGCGGCUCCAUGCCCGUUUCAGGCCGCCCCGCCCCGGAUGCGGCCUCCCGGCUGCGCUUCCCCUUCCCGGCCGCGGGCGGCCAUGGCUGCGGCCUGCAGUCCCGGCGGGGCGGAGCGGGCGGCCGAGGGCGGGUGAGGCCAAAGCGGCGACGGGAGCCGGGCUACAUUGCCCUGCCCUGCCCUGCCCUGCCGGCCUUUGGCCCUCAAAACGCGGCCCUCCGUGUCCCCCCGCUUAGGUUGCUGUACGGCGGUAGGAAUCUCUCAUCUCCCGGCCUCUGCGUCCUGCAGCCCUGGAUCGUCGGCCUGCUGCUCAACCACGAGCAGCCGGAGGGGAAGAAGUGGCUGACGGGGCAGGUGCUGCGGGUUUUGAGUGGCUCAAGUCCUCCUGGCCAAGGCGAAGUGCAGCAAGAUGCUGUCCUGCAAGUCUCAGACGGCUCCCACUACAUCCGAGUGGUUGUUACAGCAGAAGCUCUGCAGGCGGAAGAAAAUGCCCACAUGCAGCUCAUGCUUUCCAGCCUUAUCUGUAGACUGAUCACCUUGCAGAAGUACACGCUGUGUUUCCGGGAGGAGGCCAAGCUGGAGGACUGUGAGUUUUAUCUCACCGCCCAGCGCUUCGUUGUGCUGCCCAUGGAGAGACAGAGGAUGGAUUCAUCAAAUGUGAACCAGGAGCCCUCUGUGCUACAGAAGAUAAAGGAGCUCUGGCUGAGGAAUCUCUCUGUGGGGACCACUCCUAGCUCAGAGCCGUCCCUCUCUCAGCUGUUAGAAGUGAUAGCACAGGACCAGCUCGAGGUCUUGAAGGAAAACGCUGAGAAGUGCUUGGAUUUGCAGGUGCCCAAAGAGACACCCUCAGCAGAGGCAGACCAGCUUCCUGUGACCCGGUGGGAGGCAGAGCUCCAAAAAGGGCCACGUGAGGACACCUUCAUAGUCCCAGCCACCAUCCUGGUGAUCCCUGCUGAGGAAGGAGUGGUUGACUGCAAUGCUUCCCAGCCAGUUACAUGUGGAGCAUCUCCUGAGAAGAGUGGCUACGAAAUGACAGUGCCAGGCGAUCAGAGUGUCGUACCCCAGGACAAGUCUGCAGAGUCAACAGCAUUGUCAGAGGACUCCGAGGCAUCGCUGGACAACCCUUGGAACAGGCUGCCCCCCAUGUCCUUGACCCUGUCCUCUCCAGAAGAGAAGUCCCAUCUGUGUAGCUCUCCACGCGCUCAAGAGGCCCAGCAGGAGGUGGCUGCCGACAGCAACACCCCUGACUUGGAACCUUGUAGCCACGACUCUCCCCAGGCCUUGCUGCAGGAUGACUCAGUGCAGACUUCAUCUCCUUCGCUGCUCACCUCAUAUUGCAAUAUCAGCCCUGUGAAGGCUGACAUGACCCAGGCAACAUCAACUGCAGAGGGAGCCUGCUCUACCCCUUGCACUGCUCGAGUCCCACUGGGGCCGGAGGACUCUCAGGCCAGCGUGUCAUCAGUCUCUCCAGUUUUUCCUGCCUGUGCUGAAAGGGCACCCCACCAAGAGCAGGCAGACUCCAGCGGCACAGCUUACCCUGUGUAUAUGCAGAAGCAUCACAUGGGUGAUGCCAGAGACAGGGGAGGAGAAUCCCCAGGGAAGACCAGAAGGGCUGUGGGUGCCAAGAGGAAGCUGGUGGUGAGAGAUGGUCAGGCUCUGCCUCACCCGUGUCGGUCCCCCCAUGGAUUGCGGCACAGAAAACCUCCCCAAUCCCCCUCUGAGGGCACAGUGAGAGAAGUGGGCAGGAAGGCUGAAUUAAAGAGCCUGCAGAGAGCAAAGAAGAGCAGAAGGGAGAUGAGGCCACAACGUGAAGAAAAAUCCAUUGAGGAGGAGCUGGACGAAGAGGAGUUGGAAGUGGAUGAAGAGGAGCUGGAGCUGGAUGAAGAGGAGGAACUGGAUGAAGAAGAGAAGGAGGAAGAAGAGCAGGCAUCCUCAGUGAGAAUUCCCGGCUACCACCCGGAGCGGCACAGAGAUCUGCAGCCGUAUGUGAAUGAGAAUCCACCACAGUACAAAUACGAGCCCCCCAGCCCUGAGCUCUGCAAGCAGAUACAGUCCAUCAGGCUCUCCAAGGCGAUGAUGAUGUGGGCGAGCUGGAUUGUCACAGAAAGGGAUACGGAGUCUUGAGAUGAGACCACAUGGAGCUCGAGCUCAGCCUGUUCAGCAACCUUCCUUUAAAGCUGCACAUCCCUCAGCGGUGGCUGGCCUGGCAUCAGGGACCAUGACAGUGCUGGGGCCAUGCCCUGGUGGAAGCCAGCACCCUCGGUUUUAAGAGGGAGUUGCCACCUGUUUGAGGAUGCUGCAGUGCAUGAGCUGGGCUCGUUUUCACCUCAGUGCUGUGCUGCACCAUCCAUUGCAGCCUGGAGCAAACAGCCUGCAAGGAGAGGGGACCUGAUCCCACUGUAGCAUGGGCAGCAGCAAUGACACAGGCACCAGGCCCUGGAACCUGAUCCCCCUUCCUGGAGCCAGUGCAGUGUUUGGACAUUAGUUGACUUGGUUUUGUUGAGUUCCAAUGCUUUUUCUUACAAAAUAUCCAGCAAGGUUUGUGUUGUUAAAAUUAAAAGUCAUAUAUUUUUAAAUA